UUAUUAUAAUAUACUGUCAUCGUAUAUAAUGUACAAUGUACACGAUGUAUAUAAUAUUUAAAUAUAUACUUAUACCGAAGAUGUCAAAGUUGGGCCAUUGUACGAAAUUUAUCUCUCAAGAGAAAUGUCAAAAAUAUGUUUUGACAUUAAGAUCGAUUGAGAAAACAUAAUCUUUAGUCAAUUAUGACAAAUGGGAUUUUAUUUUUUGAAGAUAAAAAUUUAUCACAUCGAUAUUCAAAAUAGCCAUUUUCUCGUUCAAACUUUUGUCUUUAAAAUGAGAUCUUUUUCGUCAAAAUCGAUAAGUUAUUAUGCUUACGUUCUCGUUGCUGAUGUAAAUGGAGGUUAUAAAAUUUAGGACAAUGAAUGACAGCUUUAUAACCUUUCACUUUUAAACAGAGAUGGAUUGUGAACACGAUUUCUAUGGCUAUGUUAAUUCCAAAAAAUAGUUUAUAUUUUGCAUUUAUAUAUUCUAUAAAUAUAAAUAACAUUAUGUUAACCAUAGAGUAUUAUUAAACUGUUAAUUGGCAUGAACUCAUGAAAGAAUAGUCCCAAUUAAUGUUAUGUUUAACAUAACCUAAUAAAUUGAAAAUUAUAUUUUUUUAAAAGAUCCGAAAGAAAAAUUUAUAUAUAUAUAUAUAAAUAUAUAUAUAUAUAUAUGUAUAUAUAUAUGUAUAUAUUUAAAUAUAAAGAUAAUAGAAAUUAAUCAUGGAUAAUAUUAAUGAUAAUACAGUGAAAGUUGUAUUUUUUUCUUUAUUGUUAGAUUUAUUAGCAUUUACUAUGAUAUUACCUUUAUUGCCAGCCUUAUUAGAUCAUUACAAAGUAUUGAGUAAUAAAGGACUUUAUUCUAUGAUAUCUCAUCAUGUGCAAAGUUUACGAAUACUUUUAAAUGCUCCUGAUAAAAUUGAUACUGUUCUGUAUGGUGGUUUUCUAGGCUCUAUGUAUUCUUUUUUACAAUUCAUUAGUUCACCAAUAACAGGAGCAUUAUCUGAUACUUAUGGACGGAAACCUUUAAUGAUUUUAUGUUUAACAGGUAUUACAAUGUCGUAUUUAUUAUGGGCACUUUCAAAAAAUUUUGGCAUAUUUGUAUUGGCUAGAUUUGUUGGUGGUAUUAGUAAAGGAAAUAUUAGUUUAUCUAUGGCUAUUAUUUCUGACGUUACAUCCCCUGAGAAAAGAGGAAAAGCUAUGGCUCUAGUGGGAAUAGCAUUUUCUAUUGGAUUUGUAGUGGGACCAAUGAUAGGAGCAUUUUUUGCAUGGAUUUCAAGUGGCAAUAGAAAUGAAACAUGGUAUAUUGCACCUGCAUUAUUUGCUUCCUUGCUUGCUGCAAGUAACUUGUUAUAUGUUAUUUAUAAUUUGAAAGAAAGUCUACCAGUUAAAUAUAGAACAAAGACUAUAUUAAGCGGAAUGGUCAAAUCUGUAAUCUAUAUUAAUCCUAUAGAUCUUUUUCAAUUUACUAGUGUAUCGGGAUUAAACGACAAAGAGCAACACAAUUUGAAGAUGUUAGGUCGUACUUAUUUUGUCUACUUAUUUAUCUAUAGUGGAUUAGAAUUUACCUUAACGUUUCUUACUCAUCACAUAUUUGAAUUUUCGAGUAUGCAACAAGGAUGGAUGUUUCUUGGAAUUGGUUUAACUAUGGCUAUUUUGCAAGGAGGUUGGGUGAGAAGAGUUCCUUCGCAUAAAACAAAAUCGGUUGCAGAAUUGGGUUUAUGGUUAAUAAUACCAGCUUUUGUAUUUAUUGGCUUAGCAAAAAAUACAAUGAUGUUAUAUCUUGGAAUAUUUUUAUUUGCCGUUUCAACGGCUAUGGUUGUUACUUGUAUGAUGACAUUAGUCACAAAAAUAGGACCAGAGCAUCAAAAAGGUACAAUAACUGGAAUAUUCCGUUCGUUGGGUGCAUUAGCACGUGCAAGUGGACCAAUCGUAGCUUCUGCAGGAUUUUGGUAUUUUGGAAGUACUACAACAUACCUAACUGGAGCUGUUUUUCUUUUAUUGCCACCCUUUAUACUUCAUAUUAUGAAGCCUCUAUAACAAAAAAGGGACUUAUAUUAAACAUAUUUUUACUUAUUGAUAUAUAUAUAUAUACAUAUAUACAUAUUUUUAUAUUUGCAAAUUGCAUUCACUGAAGUGCCCUAAAAUAUUAUGUGCUGUUAUACAAACAAACAAAACUAAAUCGCUUUUAUUAAAUCGUCGUACGAUCUAUUUGUUUAAACGUACGCAAACACGCAACAAUUUUUAAUUAUACGAAUGUGUUGAUAUAUAUAUAUGUACACACACAUACACACAGAAAUUUUUAUUAUAUUUUAACAAGAUAUUUAACGAAAAAAGUAUUUUUGAAAUAAUAUUAUUGUAAGUAUUUUCUUUUGUAUAAGGAUAUUAUGUAAUGUCUUAUAAAGAUUUAUUGAAAC